AAGAGAGAGUGGAUGGGGUCAGAAUUUGUCCACGAAAGGCAAUCCUCUCUGUAUCUUUGGUUCAGCAGCCAUUAGCGAUUUCCCUUAUCUCUCUCCAUCUUAACUCCAAGCACAAGAAUCAUCUUCCCAUUUCGUUUCUGACCAAUGGCUUCCCUCACUGUCCCAAACCAUUGUGUUCCCACUUUGCUUCGCACUCACUCUCUCAACUACCCAUCUUCCCAAAACCUCCCACUUCCUUCCGCGCCAUCAAAUUCUCAAUUUUUUGGCCUCAAGCUAUCUCAUUCUUCCUUUUCCACAAUUCCCUCUUCUUCUUCUUCACUCAAAGGCUCCAUUUUCGCCAAGGUGACUAAAGGUUCAAAGCCACCGAAUUUUACGCUAAAAGAUCAGAACGGGAAGAAUGUUAGCCUCUCCAACUUCAAAGGAAAACCAGUAGUUGUGUAUUUCUACCCUGCUGAUGAGACCCCUGGCUGUACCAAACAGGCUUGCGCUUUCAGGGAUUCAUAUGAGAAGUUCAAGAAAGCAGGAGCGGUGGUUGUUGGGAUAAGUGGUGAUGAUGCUGCCUCUCACAAGGCAUUUGCCAGCAAGUACAAACUUCCAUUUACUUUGUUGAGUGAUGAGGGUAACAAGGUGAGGAAAGAAUGGGGAGUGCCAGGUGAUUUCUUUGGAUCAUUGCCUGGAAGAGAGACUUAUGUUCUUGACAAAAAUGGGGUGGUUCAGCUCGUCUACAACAAUCAGUUCCAACCAGAAAAGCAUAUUGGUGAGACCCUGAAAAUACUUCAGAGUCUUUGAGGCAUUCUGAUUCUUUUGUUUGCUAUCUUAGCUGGCCUGAUUCGGAGUCAGACAAGUAUGUAACUAUGAAUUGUAAGUUUGUAACCACUGUAAUUAUGCAGCUGAUUUUGGAGCCUUUGAUCACAUUCACAUGGGGGUGAUGAUAUGUAUUCUCCUAUAGAGAGCAAACAUUUAUAACCUCUCCGGAUGGAAUAAUGCCUUCAUUUGCCACAAAUACAAUCAGAUUAUAUCUGUAUCUUUUGCACAUUGUAAGUUUAGCUUCAAUUGACAAAGUGACCAUCCAUUAUAAUUUCUAUAUCA